AGUCAGAAGGCCCCCGGUCAAGAUUAGAUUGACAGCACACCACAUAGAAAGUGAAAUUGGACACUUCCAUUUACUGGAAAAAAAGUACCACCAAGAGAAACGCCGCCAGAUGAUAAGAAUUCACCGCGGGGAAAAAGUUCAAGCGAUUUUAUGAAGCCAAUAUGAGAAUUGAGAGGUUGUCGAUGUAAGUCAGUGCUUCUGACCGUUUUCAGGCCAAGAGACGAGGGCCGCCACCGCCUUUACGAGUUGGGACUAAGCACUUCCUUUUUUUGACAUGCAUUUUAUUUUCCACUCCGUAAUGUUUAUAUCCGGGACGGACUGGGAAUAAUGUCAUCCCGUUUUGAUACAAUUGCAGCAAAUACAAUGAAUAUGGAUAUUUUUGAUACACUCGUCAUCUAUCUCUGUAGACACUUUUUUGGGAAAAUUCUCCACUGUGUGUGGCUGCACUAUCGGUGUGAAGACUCUCUGGUCAAAUGUUUUGGGAUGCCUCCAGGAAAUGAAAAUGGAAAGAACUGGAUCGCUUCCGCCCCUCUGCAAACGCUUUGUACAAGAAAUUCAAAUUCCUAAUUGAUGAGUUGAGAAAUGUGUGUCCCGAGGCUUUUGAUAGCAGAGUUGACUCGGUUUCAUGUUUUUGUACAGAUUUUUCUGCUUGCCCUUUGUUUUUUUUUUGUUUUUUUAGUCUUUUGUCAUUGCCCCGUGUGUCAAGGAACCGCAUGGGAAUUCCAGGAAGGGUAGACACAUGCGACGGCCCUGCCUAACUUCCAAGCACAGAUUCCGCACUUGUUUUCCCUUCUUUCUGAUUUGUGCGGUUUGAUUCCUUUUUUUUUUUUGCUAUUAAAAUGAUCUCAAUGUCCUCAUCAGGAAGCACAGAGCACUCCUCCUGGAAUAAAUCACUCCCAAUAACAUGCACGUCUGCUGCUUUUCUCCUCUUGAGUGGCCGAACGGCCUCAAGUGCACUUGGUUGGGGGGGAAGCUCUCACCAACUGCGACCUCUAGAAAAUGCAAAUGAAUUAUAUCCACUCAUCUGGUCAAAUAAAGUCUGGGUCAAUCGAGUCAGCUAGCCAAACGGCUAACGGAAAUGAACUGUGUACUCAAAAUCAAUCACAUAAAAUAAUCGACGCGAUAGCAUAGCUGCUAGCUAACACCGUCUGGAUUACUUCCCGCCACUCAACUGCUGCAAGUCCAGCGAACAAGCGCUAUGACAUCAUAAACAGCAGCCCACACAACACUUCUCAACAGAGGCGACAACCACUUUGAUGACAUCACCGCGGUGCGGCGGCGCACCUCUCCACAGAGAUGACAACCGCUCUGUAAACAUCGCAACAAGGCGACGGCUUACCGCUUCGCUAACAGAGAUGACAGGCCUUUUCUCUUCUCUUCGAUCAACAUCAGCCAAGCGGAUCCAUUGUGCGCCGGGUGCACACAUGGCACACCACCGCCGCGGUGACGAGGAUGACCGCGGGCCCGGAGCAGCCUACCAGGCCUUCGUGGCCAUGGAGCGUUUGCUGGACAAGCUGCACAUUUUAAACUACCAAGACGAAGUCCUGGCCAAACACAACAUGAGGCACUUGACCAGGCAUUACUUUGUGUCAAGUCCCUACCUGGAGUCCAACCCGGGCGAGCAGUUCUACAUGUUCACCAUCAUCGCGGCGUGGCUCAUCAAUGCGGCGGGGAGGCCGUUCGACGAGCGCGUGGAGUACGGCGAACCCAGCGCCACCAUGUCGGACAUUCUCGCCGAACUGCGAGCGUUUGGCGUCCGGGUGGACUUCCCGCCCUCCAAACUCCUGUCGGGUUCGGGCGAGUAUGUGUGCUUCGUGUUGGACAGGCUAGCCGAGGAGGCGCUUAAGAAGAGGGGCUUCUCUUUCAGGAGUCCAAAGUACGCAAGGGAAGACUCGGAAGAACCGUUUGCGGUGGAGGAAGACAUCGAGCUUCAUGUCGAGGAGGAGGUGAUGGAGGAGCUGGACGACGACGAGGAGCAUGCUCUGGACCUGGAGGCCUUGAAAUUACGAAGCGCUCACCCCGAAGCCAAGAUGUCCUGUGUCAACACGGAGAUCCUGCAGUCCAUGGUGGACGCGGCGGAAUGGUACCUGGAAGUGGAGCGCGUCCUCCCGCAGCUCAAAGUCACCGUCAAGAACGACAACAAGGACUGGAGGAUCCACGUGGAGCAGAUGCACCGGCACCGGGACGGCAUCUCGACUUCGUUCAAAGAGGCCAAAGGCUAUCUGGAGAGGCUACAGGAGGACAUCGGGAAGACCUUGGAGAAGGUCCGCAGUCGCGAGAAGUACAUCAACAACCAGCUGGAGCACUUGAUCCAGGAGUACCGCAACGCUCAGGCUCAACUGGGCCAGGUCAAGGAACAGUACCGGCAAGCCAGUGAGGGACUGACGGAGAAGGCGCGAAUCCUGGCCGAGAUGGACGACGAGCUGAAGCGGGUGAAGCAGGAGACGGAGGAGAGGAACAGCAGCGUGUCCGACGGCGCGCCCCUCGUCAACAUCAAGCGCUGCAUGGCCACCCAGAAGCAGGAGAUGGUCCAGCUGGAGAAAAUGAUCGCCAGCCAACGUUUGCAGAUGAAGAAAUCCAACAGUUUACGGGACACGCACGCCGCCGUCUUUCCGGAGCAAACGUACUUUUCACACCACUCGCACACGUGGACGUGGGAUUCUUGAAACUUAGCCAAAUCCUUGAGAAAUGUCUUAUUUUGACAAGGAGGUGGGACACCCAUUAACUUGGGUACUUCAUUCAUUUAUGCAAACUGGUUUCAUUUUAUUUUUUUAAACUCUGGCAACUCUACAUUAUAUUAAUGUAUAUAAACCAGUGAUGCCCAACUUUUUGGGAGCCGAGGAAUCUCAUCGCACACCAGCAAACACAAAUGACACCAAAAGUAGACAGCACUGGAAAAAAAAGGGCUGUUGGCAAAAGAUGAUAGUUUUGCUCCACAAUUUUUCUAUAUCUGUAUGUCCCGAAAUCAUGAUAAUCUCAUCUCAAUUUAGCCACAAAAAUCCUUGAAUUUUGUCCUGUUUUGCUGAACACAAAGAUACGAUAAACCUCCAUUUAUCACAAGGCAUAGAUUCCAGACCCACCCGCAAAAGGUGAAAAGCCGAGAAAUACACCAAAAUGUUCAAACAAUGAAAUGAAAUGUUGGUAAACAAAAGUACGCAAGCUAAAUGCUAACAUGUAAAGUGUAACCUCAUAGACGGAGAUCUCUGCCUUGGUUGAACGUACGCAAUAGGGUUUUGUUGAAGCACUGUAGGGGCUACUUUUUUUUUUUUUUUGUCAUUGUG